AUGUCUUACACUAAGGCCAAUCACAACGCCAGCUACCCGGCCAUAUCUGCCUCUAAUCCCGCCAACUCCGCUGCGGGUAAAGUCGUCCUCAUCACCGGAGCUGGAUCAGGCAUCGGACAGGCAGCGGCCACCUCCUUUGCCCCCGCCGGUGCCAAGGCCCUGAUUCUCAUCGGCCGCCGCACGGAACCCCUGACGAAGACAGCAGCAAUCAUCUCUCAAAAGGGCCCUGACGUGCAAGUUCGCCUUCACGGAGCCGACAUCAACGAUGUCAAGACCUUGAAGUCUGUCAUGGCUGAGACUGUGUCUACCUUUGGACAAAUUGGCAUCGCCAUUCACGCCGCUGGCGUGCUCCUGGCUCUCGGCCCAAUCUCGACAAUGCCUGUCGAAGAACUUUGGAAAGCGCUGGAAGUCAAAAUCAAGGGUACUUUGAACGUGGCGCAGUCUCUAUUAGCAAUUGGUACCUCGGAGAAGAGUGCCGGUUCGAAACCUGUUCUGGUCAGCCUCAACACCGCAGGCAUGCUUAUGCCUCCUAUCCCUGGAAUAGGCGGUUACAUCGUCAGUAAGGCGGUUCUGCCGAAGUUGGUGGAGUAUCUGGCUGCCGAAAAUCCCGACAAACUAAGAAUUGUGACUAUUCACCCCAGUCUCAUCCGAACGCCGAUGGCGGUGGAACUUGAGGAGGCGGCAUUGAAGUUCCCUUACGAUGAUGUCUCUCUCCCUAUAGACUACCUCGUCUGGGUCACCAGCCCCGAGGCAUCUUUCCUGAAUGGCAAGUUUGUCUUCAGGGUUCAGCCAGCGUCACCGACGGACGUGGGCCUUUACAGACGUCUUAUGCACUUGAAGAAAAAAGAUCCGGGCCUGAAGGGUUUUAUCGCUAUUGGUGGCUGGACAUUCAACGAUCCAGGCCCCACGGCCAGGACCUUUUCUAAUUUGGCCGCAUCUGUCACGAAACAAAAGGCUUUCAUCGAGUCUCUCAUGUCGUUAUUUCUACCUAUGGAUUUGACGGCGUUGAUCUGGGCUGGGAGUCAAAAGGGGAUUUCUAUUACACUCCCGGCAUCUUUCUGGUAUCUUCAGCAUUUUGAUAUCAUAGCACUGGCUAAAACAGCGUACUGGUUCAACAUUAUAUCCUACGACCUACACGGAACUUGGGACAAGAACAACACCUGGGUCGGUGCCUGUCUGAAUGCGCGUAGCAACCUUACCGAAGUCGAUCUAGCCCUCGAUCUUCUUUGGCGCAACAAUAUCAACCCCAGUCAGGUCGUCAUGGGCCUUGGAUUCUAUGGGCGAAUCUUCACUACCACUAGCCCGUCUUGCCUCGAACCAGGUUGCACAUACGAAUCCGGGGCAUAA